AUGACUGCAUCCACGGGCGCCGCCGCCACGGACGAGGCCGACAGCAAAUCGGCAGCGAAGAGCGAUGGUGCGGAGGAGCGGAAGCCCUCGACCAAGUGCGGGAAGGGGAAGAAAGCCAAGGGCAGGUUGGGGGUGAAGAGCGAUGGAGCGGAGAAGCCGAAGACCCAUGACCUUUCCGAUGUUACACUGGGGUUGGCGGUGAUGAGCAUUGCAGAGGAUGAAACGCUCGCCCUGCUCACCUACCAGAACCAGUUCUGGAUGAGGCACUUUAGAGACGUCUGUGACAGGCCGUCAGUAGAUGCUAUUAGAAAGCAAGCUGCUGAAAAUUGGAAAUUCUUUAACGAUUCGGACAAGGCCCCUUAUGUAGCCAAGGCCCGUGUGCUCAAAAUAGGCAGGGCUCGGAUUGCUGAGUUCAAGAAGGUUGAGACAAAGACCUAG